AUGGCUUUAUUCAGCGUCCUCAUCCUGACCUCCUUGUGUAUUGCGGGCCGAGAGGCCCUCAGCAUAUCUGACUGCGGAGCGCUUGCCAGAAGACCAGAAUACACUGAUAUUGCCGUGGUGUGCGGCACAUCUGCCAUCAAACUGGCGAUUCAAAUCUGCCCGGUUGUCUACACCGGAUACAACGCGAGCUUGCUGAUCCUCAAUCACAUCCGGGACAAUGUGGACUGUCAGGGGACGCUGGACAGCUCGGUGACACCUCCUGUGCUGAGGUUCAGCUUCCCCAUCAGACAGGGAAACGCCUGCGGGAGCAACUUCUUGACCACGAGCGCGCCAGGGACGGGCAUAUUCUCCGACUUCUCUGACAUCCAGAAGGUCAACGUCAGCGGGGUGGUCCGGUCCUUCGACACCACCACCGGGACGAUCACCUACAACGCAGAGCUCAAGUACUACUAUUCAUGUGCUUACCCACUGGAGUAUCUCGUCAACAACACCCAGGCGGAAGUGUCAUCCUCCUCCAUUGCGGUGAGGGACAAGAAUGGGAGCUUCAUCAGCACCCUCAGCAUGGCUUUGUACCAGGAUAAAAGUUACACCAAACCCCUCGUCCUGCCAGCUCUGGGUGUGGAACUGAGAACAGACAUCUUCGUGCAGGUGGUUGCAUCCAACCUGACAUCACAGUACUUUGUUCUUCUGGACCGGUGCUACGCCUCGGUGAAUCCGCAGCCCUUCAACUCCACCAUCUUUAAUCUUUUUGUCUCGUGCUCCGUAGAUCAGCUCACCACCAUUCUGGAGAACGGGGAUAGCCAAAAGGCACGCUUCUUCUUCCCGGCGUUCCGCUUCAUCGAGCAGCAGAAUGAGACCAUCUCCACCUACUAUCUGCACUGCAUCACUCGACUCUGUGAGCGCAGCACCUGCAGCACCUUCAAGCAAUGCAACAGGAAGAGGAGGAGCGUGGGGUCCAUGGUUGUCCAGGAGAGCAUCACUGAGCCGUCUGUGCUCACAGUGGCUAUAAAGACCAAGACAGAGAACUACUAA